UUGCGAAUGGCUUCUGAUAUUUGUUUUGACUAGGCUUUUGAAGUUGUGCUAUAUGUAUAUAUUUGUUAUAAAUAAAUAAGACCUAUAUUUUUUAUUACCCACGAUGCAUGCUGGUCAAAUUGAGGUCAACGAGGUCAAUGGCUACUGGACCUUUCUGCUGAGCAUCGAUUGGAAGGAUCCUUGGCUUAUUGGGCUCAUUUUGGUGCAUAUCCUGACCACCACAACUGCGUUGCUCAGUCGGAACAACUCUAACUUCCAGGUUUUCCUAUUCUUAGUACUGCUACUGGCGGUCUAUUUCACUGAGAGCAUCAAUGAGUAUGCCGCGCAGAACUGGAGCUCAUUCUCCAAGCAACAAUACUUUGACAGCAACGGCCUGUUUAUCUCGACAGUUUUCUCAAUUCCCAUUUUGCUGAACUGCAUGCUGCUGAUUGGCACUUGGCUCUACAACUCCACGCAGCUAAUGGUGACUUUGAAGACAGCACAGUUAAAGGAGAGGGUUCGCAAAGAACGCCAGAACAAAGCGGAUUCUGAAUCUACAGCCAAACAUGGAAAGAUAGAGUAGAAACUUUGUUUAGAAUUUAUCAGUUUAAAACUCAAGCAGAGCUGUGAAAAUACCGUUAUCAAACGCAUUUCAUUGUUGGCCUCAAAUCUAUAGUUUGCUGCCAUUUAGAAAUAGUUUUCUGCAAAGCUUGCGGCUUGCUCUCUUAACGCAGAUUGAUUAUUAUCAAUAAACCUGCUGAAAAAAGUAAA